CAGCGCCCAGCCUCCUUUAUCUGCUGAGACUGAACAUACUACAGUCAGUGCUGCGAUGGGAGAGGUGGAAGCAGAGAGACAGAGGCGCCUUUAAACCGGAGUAAAGAUGGAGGACGACCUGGUGUCGGAGGAUGAUGUCUUGCUGUGGUCAGAAAAGGAGUUCCAUGAUGCUGCAAAGAGGAACGACACAGGGAGAAUGCAGGAGCUGAUCAAGAAGGGUGUGGACGUCAAUGCCAAAAAUAAAAUAGACCGUAAAGCUCUGCACUGGGCGGCAGGAGCUGGGAAUGAACAGGCUCUGCGUCUUCUACUGGACCAUGACACUGAAGUGGAUGAAAAGGACUCUUUUGGCAUGAAUGCUCUGCUCCUGGCAUCGUGGUUUGGCCACCUGAAAGUCCUGCAGAUCCUGGUGUCCUGUGGAGCAAAGCUCAACUGUGAAAACAAAGAUGGUCUGAGUAUGCUGCACUGUGCCGCCCAGCGAGGCCACAUCAGAGUGUUGGAGUUCAUCAUGGAGGACCUGGAAGACAUCUGUCUGGACAGAGUUGACAAAUCAGGGAAGACUGCGCUCCACCUGGCUGCUGAACACGGACAGUUUGAAGUGGUGGAGUUUCUGAUUGGGAUGGGUUGCACACAUGGUUUGAAGGACAAGGAAGAGAACACAGCCAUACAUCUGGCAGCGAAGCGUGGGCACACAGAGGUCCUGCAGAAGAUGGUGGAGACUGGAGUCGACGUUGAUGAGAGAAAUAUAGACGGUCUCACGGCAUUGCACCUGGCAGCUGAUGGAUGUCACUAUGAAUGUGUCAAACUGCUGCUGGAGUCUGGCUGUAACGUCAACGCACAAACUAAUAAGAAUAUGAACGCUCUGCAUUACGCAGCUCAGCAUGGCUUCGACAGAGAGGCCAGUUUGCUGCUGGAGGCAGGAAUCAACAGAGAUGCUGUGGACAAUCAACGCAACACAGCGCUGCACCUCGCUGUGUUCAGCAACCACACAGAGGUGCUACGCCUGCUCAUAGACGCUGACUGUGACCUGGACAUCGCUGACUGUCGACAACAGACUGCUUUGCACAUUGCAGCAGAGUACGGCUGGCAGGACAUGGCUGAGAUGAUGCUGAUCUCUGGUGUUAACCUCAAUCUGACUGACAAGCAGGGGAAAACGUGUCUGGAGGUGGCAGCCAGAGGAAACCAUGUCAUCCUGGUCGACAUGAUCAUCAAAGCUGACCGUUUUUAUAAAUGGGAGAAGGAUCAGAUGGGCAGUGAGCAGGACUCCUGGGUGGGGAGGCCUCUGAGCUUCAAGCAGGACCGCCAGCCAGAGACACAGCACAUCCGCUCGGUCCUGUGGAACCUCGCCACCAAGCUCCUGUGUCGCGGGGAGUGGAAGCUCCUGGCACAACACUGGGAAUUCAGCGAUGCACAUAUACGAGCAAUCGAACACCAGUGGACAGGUAUGAAGAGCUUCAAAGAGCAUGGUCACCGAAUGCUGUUAAUCUGGCUUCACGGAGUCGUGAUGGCGGGGGAGAACCCGAUCAAAGGCCUCUACGAGGGGCUGGUGGAAAUCUCUCGGACAGAUUUGGCAGAGUGCAUCCGGCAGAAGGCGAACGCAGAGACCAGCUCACCCAAAAUGUGCUCUGCAAUGUGACACCAAACACUGUGAGUGACUGUGAACGCAACAGAACAUAUCCGAGGUUUCAGUUCACUUCUACUCAACUGUAAAUACUGAGAACUGAGCCCUUGACAGAGCUUCGUGUUACCCACAGCAUGACCUGUUUACAUAUUCACUCAGUGAAUAUACUGUGAUUGUUCUGAAUUCGGGGUCAGAGAAAAUGAUGGUUGUAGACCUGUAAAUGAAAUGGUGAAAAUGUAAAAUAUUUGUUUUUGUUCUUCUUUUUAAUGCAUGCAGCGAACACCUGCUGGCACACCUCAUCUCUGUACACAAAGGGCUUUUCAGCAUAUUACUACAGCUUAUCAUACAGCUUAAUAUAAUGUAAUGCCUGCUUCUUCUUCUUAAAGUUCCUCUUUCUAAAAACUGCAUUGCGUGUUGUGAGGGGCGGUUAAAGUGUGUUUUCAGUCUGCAUUUAUUCAGCCCUACUGUGGGGAAGUUUGAUCAGAGUGAAAGGGAAGUAGAUUGGAGGGAGACUCGAGAAACAUUCUCAGUUUUUGUAUCAGUGACUGAAACAGUCACCCAACUUUUAACACGACAGCUGAAAGCACGUGUGUAACAAAAAUGUAAAACCACCAACAACCGUGGCUUAAUCUAGGAAAACUCACUUUAGGGCAUGAUCACGGACACAGCUAUGUGGUGCUAUUACACUCAAGGUAAAUCUCACGACGCAGUAUUGACCUUCACUACGUUAAGAAUCAUGUAGUCUCGCUCACCAGACCUUUCUAAAGAAAAGAAAGGUCUGGCUGGGCCGACUCUCAUUUUAAGAUUGGAGAAAAAAACGCCCCGUCUGCUUGUAUUUCUUUCAACCAAUCACAAUCGUUCUGGGAGGUGCCACAGCAACGGUGCGCUUGCAAAAAUAUUGCCGGGGGGAAACAGGUUUUGUAACACGCCCACAAAAAUAUCGCCUACAGGAUGCGAACCAUGGCAGAAAAAUGGCUACAUCCCCGCAAGAUCAAACACCGCAAAAGUUAGUAAAGGACGUGUUGAAAAUGGUUGAAAACUGCUACACAACCGAAGGUGGUAGUUGGACUUCAGCGGGUGGCUUGUUCCGCCCAAUGAGAGGCUGAUCUAUGCAGCGAACUUCCACCCACUCAGACUAAGAAUCAUGUGACAACAAGGCCUUGUCAUUAAGGCCAUGUCCACAUGUGUGUGGAUAUUUCAUACGAUAUUUUCCCUUUCCAUUAUUUAUGACCAUUUCUGAGAUCCAUUCUUGAAACAGUGGGCCUUCUACAGCUUUCCACUUUCUCAUUAACAUCUGUUCACCGAUCAGAAUAAUUGUCUGUAUCCAAUUUGCGAGGGGUUUUACACUUUGGUGAGUGGGUUGAGGAUUUCCAAGUAUGUAUAUAUUUUCCCCUUUCACUUAAAAAAGAAAUCUGUCUACUCAACAGUCAUUCUACAAAACAUUUCAGUCAACACUACAAUGCAAAAAUGACUCCAAACGCUCGCCGGGCUAGUAAGACGGACGACGGCUACAUCAGUGAUAAGUCAGAUACAAGAAGAAUGAUGCAAAACGUUGUUUCUGGUGGAUUUUAAUCUGCAGACAUUGAGGUGGACAAAAUAGCACCUUCUUUUUUUUCAUGAAGAGGUUCAGCAAUACUAAGAUGUAAAGUAGUCAUUAGACCAAGCAGUGCAAGGAAAAUGUAAAAGAACUAGGGAUGCUCGAUAAUAUUGGCAUGUCAUCGGUGUCGGCCGAUAUUGGCUUUAAGAUGAAAUAUCGGAAUUGGCCAGCAUGCUUUUAAAAAUGUACGUGAAUUCCACCAGAGAUAAAAACUCAUAAUUGUACCAUUUUCAUAUGGUUCUAAGAAAACUCUGCGUCCUGGCUGUCUUCCCCACAUGGAGGCCUCCUACUGACGUAACGGCUUGCCUAACAUCCCCCCUAAUGUAACAUAGGCUAUAACGUUAUAUAUGACAACACAGCAUCCAGUCGCUAAUGGCUAACAUUAGCCUACUGUAGCAUAGCCUCUGAAACAUUAACGUUAUCUUCCUUGUGCGUUUCCACUUAGUAGUAACCUUAACGCUACUAUCUAACUUUAGCACUGUAACCUUAUUCUAAAACUCAUCAGUCAUCACCGACUCAGGUUGAGUUUUAAAACUCCGGGGUUGCGUUUGACUGUCUUGGUUGUAAUGUUACACUUGCUCUCCUCUUCUGUGUAUCUUACGUUACCAUGCCAACGCCUGUGUCUAUCAUAGAUGUAAUGAGGACGUAAUGGAGGAGGGGGGAGUAGGCCUUUGGAGGGAGGCGGGAGUUGUGGAUGUUCAGAUUUUUUCUAAGUGCUGUGUUAAAUGCAGGAAAGGUAAGAGUAGCUUUAAAUGAGUUGUUACGCAUUAGCAAAUAUUGGCAUAUUAGCAAAUUAUCCAAUAUCGUGCAUCCCUAAAACAAACCAGUGGUCCACCAUUGUUGUUUUUUGCACAUGCUCAUUACACAAAGCAACAGUGGGCAUGUGCGAACUGAGGAGAUGGCAUUUAUUAUUUUUCUUUUAUUUUUUUUCUGGGGUGCCAGUUAGGUUUUACCUGAAGUCGUUUUUUUGACAUUCUUCUUGUUUUUGAGUGGUUGUUAAGUUUUAUGCUUACUCAUCCUUUGUGUGGGUUUUGAAGUGAGAGAAAACGUGUGACUUGACUCAAACAAAAAGACUUUUUGUCAGGCAAAACCUGACUGGCACCCUAGAAAAAAAACAAAAUAAAAAUAAUAAAAUAAAAUAAAUAACUAAAUAAAGUCUCUCUGACUAAAGGAAAUAAAACUGUCACACAUUGUGUCCCCAACACCCUGUUUUACACGUCCACAUGGACCCAAAGUAUUGACGAGAUUUAAAAAAUGUGCACCUUAGAAGGUGUUUUCAAAAAUCUCUUUUUUAGUCAUUUAAAACUUCCUUUGUGUGUGGACGAGAGCCCAAAACAUUGAGGAAAAUAUCAGUUUUUCAGAAUAUCUGUACACAUGUAGGCAGGGCCUGAGGGUUGGUUUGUGCUCCUUCAAACUUAGUUCUUACAAAGUCUUGUCUGACCACGUCGUAAAUCAAAGGUGUUUGUAGUUGUUCCAAACAGCUACGCUGUGUCUCUGACUGUUUCAUUCAUCUUUGUGAUGUUUGCGUCAGGGCAGUGCUAUAUGAAUAAAUAUCACCAGGCAGAGUGGCGACACCAGCCACACUCUGCGGCAGCUCUCACACAUUGAACACACUGUAGACAGUUAUGACUGAAUCAUGUCACCACAGAAGCACAUGGACAUUUCCAGAUAAACUUACCAGCAUCUUUGUUAGUAUUACUAUUGUUGUUGUUACACACUGAUGUCAAGUCUUACACUGUUGUGGCUCCACAGCAGCAGUCCUUUCUGUCCUGCGGGGAACUUCAGGCUCUGCACUUUCUGUUUCUGUGGCCUUAAAAAAAUCUCUUUAUAACCUGAGAGUUACAUCCAGUUUAGGCCAUAACUGGUUGCAGAGAGAGAGCAUACUGCAUUCCAUCAGGCCUAGUGACAUCAGCAGAUCGACCUCAGUUUAGUCCUCAGUUUAACCCAGUUAUCUAAAGCACAGUUUGGAGGGCAAACCUUUAACCUAUUGCUCUUACCACACUCGUGCAUACAUAUUGUAGACUGUGUAAAUGGUGCACUGAGUUUAACAGAAAUGAUUAGAAUGGACAUUUUGAGUGUGUUUGCCUUUGUGUUUUAAAUCAGUGGUUCGCCACCUGAAGCUCUUUAAGGCAGUGGAUCCCAACUGGUCCAGCCACAGGGUCCAGAUUUCUCCUUAGUCUUCUUAGUUCAAGGUCCACACAAUCUUUUCUUGUAAGUUCCUGGAUAACGUGUCUAACUUCUUCUGGACUCUAAAACCUACUUGAAUAAUAUGGGAAAGAGCCAUUUGGCUGAUCUGUGUAUAACUCAUAAACAUAUGCAACAGCUGGUGAUCGCUCACAAGUAGUUACAUGCUUUAUUUUGAAGGGUCAUCAGCCAAAAAUUUGGAAAGCACUGUUCAAGAUAAAGUAACUGGGUUAAACUGGGCAACUGUUUUACUGGUGUGUAAAAUGAUACAGGACAUGGGAAUGAUGAGCAGAACCAUGAAAAUAAAAUCGAGCUUAUGAAAAGAAUUUAAGGAAUUGUAUGUGUGUGUAUUUAUAAGCGUUCUUUUGUUUCUGCUGUAAUCAUAUUUAUGAAUAUGGACUGGACUGAUGCACUUAAAUUUGACUGUUUUGUUUUUGGUGACACUAAAUAUGUAUUUUAAUGCCAGGUGUAAAUAGGGUUAAUGCUGUAUAAAAUAACUGCCAUUUUUGCAUGAAGUGAACACAUACUGUACUUUCACACAGUAAUGACGUCAGUUUUUGUAACUAUUUGUAUUAUUAUACAUCUGAUGGUUUUAUAGUCCUGUAUCAUGGUAUCCCAACAUAAAUGCCCAAACGAACAGCCAGAAUAAAUGUUGGCUUUUGACAUUUCUGCAAACUAGAGACAACCAUUUCAUUUCAAUCAGGAGAGACUCGUUCUGAGAAAAAGAAUAUUUAUUUACAUCUGCACAUAAGAAAUGUGGAAAGUCUUUCGAGCCCCCAUGGAGUCUAGAUGCUGGUGGUGGUGAUGAGAUGAGAUGAAGAGAGAGCUGAGGAUCUGGGUCUGUCCCAAACUCCCUGUUUUUGUUGGUCUUGAACAGUUGUCUCUGAUGUCGUCUGCUGCUUGACAGCUGUCUCGCCUCAGUAUCACACCAUCACCUCCUUCUCCUGAUUGGACAUUCGGCUCAUUUACAUGUAAUCUGAACUACAUCACUUCAGACAUGUUGAUAUGAUUUGUAUGGAACGUGCAAAUGCAGCACAUCUUUGGUUGAUGGAAACGUACAAUGCCAACAUUUUACUCUGGCGACUGAAUGCACCUUGUAUGUUAAGAGUUUUGUUGUCAAGCAGCUGAGUUUUAAAUCAAAUGUGUAGGAAGAGUAUAAAUAUGAGCUGUGUUUGCAUGAGUUGAAAACAUUUUCUGCGCAGACACCUUUUUAAAAGCGCAGCUGGUCCUUGAACCCCUCACAAGAUGAGUGAUUGUUGUGUAAAGAUUGCUUUUUCAAGAUCAAUGCAAUAACUACAUUUUCUGCACCAAUGCAAAUUUCUUAUUAUUCAUGUAUAAACUUUCAAUGCAGCUGUGUACAUAACAUGAUCAAUAAAAACUCCACUUUGAAAACAAA